UCUGCCUUUGCCUUACAUAAGAUGGGAAAAACAGAUAAAAAAAAAGUAUCUAUCAAAGUUUUGUUUUGGUUGUUUUGUUUAGUUUUGUGUUUUCAUUUACUUUAAAUCAGUUUUAUUUAGCAAUGAUUACAGAUUUCGCCAAAGAAAAAGUCUUUUGGACCAGAAAAAUGAAUCUGAAAUUGGUAAAAUUCAUUGAGAGCCAUCCGAAUAUCUGGAAUCCUAAACAUCCUAAAUAUACAUCCUUACCGUAUAGAGACAAAACUUAUGCACAGUUUGCGUCGAAAUAUGGAAAUGAAUUUACCGGUAAAGCAGUGAAAGAACGUUGGACUAAUAUAAGAUCGACUUUUGCUAACUAUAUGAGGAAAUUGAAUGCCAGCCGUAGCAAAGGAGAUGGUGAGGAAUAUAAAAUAAAUUGGCACCUAUGGGAGCCCUGUCAAUUUUUAUUGAAAGUUAACCGAAAAGGACCACAGAAUGCAGUCAAAGUUGAGCAAAAUGAUGAUGAGAAUACAGAUGAAUUUGAUCAAAGUGAGGAAGGGACAUCAACGGACAACAAUUUUACAGAAACUUUGGAUGGACCAAAUAACAUGUGUAUGAAUAUAGCAAAUAAUCUAGCCAUGAUUUUAAGGGGAGUCCAAAAUGACACAUUUGGUUUAGUAAAUACUAAACAUGGAAAAAUAGGAGUAGCUGUCUCAAAAACACUGGCACAAAUGAGUUCUCAUAAUGCUGCCAUAGCAUCAACAAAAAUAAUGCAAAUUCUAUUAUUGUAUGAUAAAGAUAAUCCAGAAAAUCCAAAUAAUUAUAAAAUCGAGAAUAAAGACUUAUAAUCA